GUACCUGGUAUACCUUCAUCAAAGUCAUGACUUUUUAUCAAAUAUUAGCUCAUUUAGUGGCCUGACAUUUUAGCCAGAUUUAUGCUAUUAUAUUUUGGAUUUGAAGGUCUGAAAAUUUGGAAGAUUGUAAUGCUUGAACUGUGUUAAAUGGUAGAUACAUUAAAGUUACAGAAUUUUGAAGUCCUAAGGGACGUUCAGUGUUCCAAACUUAAAAAUUUCUGUACUAUCAAAGUCUCAAGGUUCUAACACCCCAAACUUUCAAUGUUCCAAAUUUUUAAAUUCUCCAAACCUCAAACUUGCAAAUUUUUAAAGUCUCAAAUUAUCCGAAGUCCCAAAGUAUCAAACUCCUAAUGAUUCAAACUCGUCAAACCCCAAACUUUCAAAAUAUUCCUAAAGAGUCAUAGACCCAAGGUCCUAAAUUCCUAAUGUCUCAAAUAUCCAAAGCUUCAGAUUCCUAAUGUUCUAAACUCCCCAUUCCCAAACUCCGGAAAUCACCGAUUAAAAAUUUUGUAUCAGCUACGCCCAGUUUCGAGUAAAUUCAUAUAAAAAAUGCUUAGUAAUAUUAAAUCCUCGAAGAGGUAUUUAUCGAAAAGUUUAUUGGAACAAGAUUCCGAGAAGAUGACAUAAAAUCAGUACUACUACACAACCGAGUAUUUGCACAGACGAAAAAAAGACUCACGAGAUCUGAAAUGUCAUAACCGAUUAUAAAUAAGCGGUAGGAAAUGUGGAACAUAUUUCAUUCUGCAGUCUGCUACCAACCACGAUCCUACACUUAUCAGCCGUGAUAAUAACAUGGCUGACUAUUUUCAACUGUUUAGCGCGUUUGUCGUGGUAUUUCUCGCUCUGUAUUAUUAUUUCACAUCGACUUUCGACUUCUGGAAGAACCGAGGUGUACCUGGACCACGACCGAUACCUGUAUUCGGCAAUGCCAAAGAUGUCGUGCUCGGAAGAGAGACGUUACAGAUAUAUAUUACACGCCUUUACAGGAAAUAUAAGGACGAGCCUAUGUUUGGGAUAUUCGUGAGAGGAUCACCUAAUCUUGUCUUGUGCGACCUGGAUCUUAUUAAGGAUGUCUUAAUCAAGGACUUCACGAUGUUCGAAGAUCGAGGAAUUACCGUGGUCGAAAGAGUUGAGCCGUUGUCGACAAAUCUCUUCAACCUGGAGCCAGAAAGAUGGCGACCGAUAAGAAAAAGUCUCACUCCAGUGUUCACAUCCGGAAAACUCAAGGAAAUGUUCCCUCUGAUCCUAGAGUGUUCUAAUCAGUUAGAGGGGUGUUUAGAGAAAAUAAUCGAACAGGGAGGACUUCUCGACUGUCGCGAAGUGGCAGCAAGAUUCACCACCGAUGCCAUAGGAAGCUGUGCUUUCGGGAUCAACAUGAACGCGUUGUCUGACGAGGAAAGCGAAUUUCGACGAAUAGGAAAAGAAAUUUUUAAAAGCGACUUUCAAGCAUUGAUGAAACUCACAUUCAGAGAGGCUCUUCCACAGUUCUACAAUAUGCUUGGUUUUGUGUUACCUCAGAACGAAAUCACCACAUUUUUGACGGCGAUUGUUUCGGAGACAAUAAAGUACAGGAAGGAAAACAACAUUGUUAGACCAGAUUUUAUAAAUUUGCUGAUGGAGUUGAAGGAGAAUCCACAUAAAUUAGAAAAUAUCGAUAUGACAGACACUUUGCUCACCGCGCAAGCUUUCGUCUUCUUCGCGGCAGGCUUCGAAACUUCUUCAACCACCAUUGGACACGCAUUAUACGAAAUGGCCCUGAACCCUGAUAUACAAGACAAGGUCCGAAACGAAAUAAGAGAACACUACACCAAGAAUAAUGGAAAGUGGACGUACGACGACGUAAAGGAUAUGAAAUAUUUGGAUAAAAUAUUUAAAGAAACUCUCAGGAAAUAUCCACCGGGUCAGCUUCUGAGGAGAAGAUGUAAUUCCAAUUAUACGUUCAAUGGCACAAAAGUAACCAUUCCUAAAGAUACCAUGGUUCUCAUUCCUUUGUACGCAAUUCAAACCGACCCUGCUAUUUAUCCAAAUCCUGAUGUUUUCGACCCGGAGAGGUUUAACGAGGACGUGGAAUCUACUAGACAUCCUAUGACUUUCCUGCCUUUUGGCGAUGGACCUAGAAACUGCAUUGGAGCACGUUUUGCCAUCUUCCAAACUAAAUUAGGUCUGAUACAGACGUUAAGAAAUUACAAAGUCGACGUCUGUGAUCAAACAAUGGUCCCAUACGUUAGGCACCCAAUAGCUCGUGUAUUCACUCCCAAACAAAGAAUUAUAUUAAAAAUAAGUAAAGUGUAAAAUUAAAUUAAGGAAUGAAAGAUAUUAUACCGUAGAUGUACAUAAUCACUAAAGAGUGUAAGUAAUGUUAUUAAAAUAUUUAUAGAGAUUUUCUACUGACA